AUGAGAAAUUCAAUCGCUGCUGCAAGAUCAAGAAUUGGCAGGUAUUGGGGUUUGAGUUCAAGGAGAAUAUGCUCUUGCACUCCCCCAAUUAACCAUAGCCUUGCAGAUAAUAUGCCCUGUCCAUGGAAACCCUUCUGCUCAUCAUCUGGUUUUGGAAGAAAUUCCAUUGGUGUUCAUUUUGCUUUCUUUGCUCCUCGUCUAUCACAUUUACAUGCUAAGGCUGCUUUCAGUUCUGAAGCCCGCAGUGAUUCAGCCACCGAUGAUUCCAAUGGAGAGGUGGAACCGAUUGAUUCGUGGGAGGAAGAAGAUGAAGCUGAGCCUGAGGUUGGCGAUGGAGGGGAUGGUGGUGGAAUUGUUCUUCGGAAUUGCCUUUGGGGCGAAAGAGCACUAUCCAUAGGCAAACAAGUGCUGCUGGAGUUCGGUGAAGGCAUUGAACUCUAUGCAUUCAAAACUUCUCCUCGUGGCUAUGUUUAUGUGCGGCUGGAUAAACUUUCGAAUGCAUACGGGUGCCCGAGCAUGGAAGAAAUCGAGCUUUUUAAUCGCCUAUACAAGAAAAAAUUGGACGAAGCCGGUGCCAUUGGAGAAAUACCCGAUGAUUUAGCUCUUGAAGUAUCGAGUCCUGGCGCAGAUAGACUCUUGAGAGUACCGGAUGACUUGUUGAGAUUCAAAGAAAUGCCAAUGGUUGUAACCUAUUUGCAAGAUUCAGGCCCGAGCAAGAGCGGCGUUUACUUUCUGGAUUCCAUCGAAGCAGAAACAGGGUGUUGCAUUUGGAAACUGGCGGAUGUGAGGGAAAAUAGGGAUCCCGCGGCUAAGGGAAGGCCGUUGAACCGGAAACAAAAAGAUUCGAGGUUGAAACUACCAUACCUUAUGAUCAAACAGGUAACUCUUUAUAUUAGUUACUAGUAAGUUUUGAGUUACCUUUUCAUAAAAAAGCUCGAUUGAUCUGCUUAAUACUUUCGUAGUUAAGUUGCUACUUCUUGCUUAUACUUAGCCCAACAUGCCGAAAUUCAAAGUUAUCUUGUUUGUUUCA